AUGGCUCCAGUCGGCGGCGGCUCGCAGUUCGACCAAGCGGCUCUGCAAAGGCGACAGGCUUUACAGGGUCGUGCGGGACCAGCAGCACUUGUCAGAAAUGCCAGAGUCUUCGGCAUCGCAUGCUUCGCGUGCCUGGGAGGUCUUCUCUAUGGGUACAACCAAGGAGUCUUCAGCGGUGUUCUGACGAUGACCUCGUUCAAUGAUCAUAUGGGAGUAUGGACCAGAGACCAAACGAAGAAAGGCUGGCUCACUGCCAUUCUUGAGCUCGGAGCCUGGGUCGGGUGUUUGUACUCUGGAUUCCUGGCCGAGAUCUUGUCGCGCAAAUUCGCCAUUCUCAUCAACACUGCCAUUUUCAUCAUUGGUGUCGUCGUCCAGACUACUGCAGUAACCGGUGUCGGCGCAAGUGCCAUCCUUGGCGGACGUUUCAUCACGGGUAUGGGCGUUGGUUCCCUUUCAAUGAUUGUCCCCAUGUAUAACGCCGAAGUUGCUCCUCCUGAGGUCAGAGGUGCUCUUGUCGGCCUCCAACAGCUCGCUAUCACCACAGGUAUCAUGAUCUCCUUCUGGAUUGACUACGGCACGAACUACAUCGGCGGCACCGGCCCAGGCCAACACGACGCAGCCUGGCUUGUUCCCCUAGCUCUUCAGCUCGUCCCAGCAGUCCUGCUCGGUGUCGGCAUGAUCUUCAUGCCCUUCUCCCCAAGAUGGCUCGAGCACCACGGCCGCGAAGCAGAUGCGAGGAAGACGCUCGCAAGCCUCCGCGGUCUACCACAAGACCAUGAACUGAUCGAGCUGGAGUAUCUUGAGAUCAAGGCCCAGUCGCUUUUUGAAAAGAGGUCCAUUGCGGAGCAGUUCCCGGGCCUUGCGGAUGGUUCUGCUUGGAACACGGUUAAGUUGCAAUUUAUUGCGAUUGGUUCGUUGUUCAAGACGAUGCCGAUGUUCAGAAGGGUUGUGUUGGCGACCGUUACGAUGUUCUUUCAGCAGUGGACUGGUAUCAAUGCCAUCCUCUACUACGCGCCGCAGAUCUUUGCUGGUCUCGGAUUGUCUUCGAAUACCACAUCCCUCCUCGCAACUGGCGUAGUCGGCAUCGCUAUGUGGCUCGCCACCUUCCCAGCCGUAGCCUACGUCGACAAGCUCGGCCGCAAGCCCAUCCUCGUCUCCGGCGCCAUCGGCAUGGCGACCUGCCACAUCAUCAUCGCCGUCAUCGUCGCAAAGAACCAAAGCGACUGGGAAUCCCACUCAGCAGCAGGCUGGGCCGCAGUCGCGAUGGUCUGGCUCUUCGUAGUCUUCUUCGGAUACUCCUGGGGACCUUGCGCCUGGAUCGUCAUUGCGGAAAUCUGGCCAAUCUCGCAAAGACCAUAUGGUAUCGCUCUCGGUGCUUCGUCCAACUGGAUGAACAACUUCAUCGUGGGGCAGGUGACGCCUGAUAUGCUGACGGGUAUGACGUACGGGACCUACCUCUUCUUUGGUAUUCUGACAUUCCUUGGAGCUGGAUUUAUAUGGUUCGCGUUCCCGGAGACCAAGGGGCUGUCGCUGGAGGAGAUGGAUGUGCUAUUUGGAUCUGUUGGGCUUUGCUGCGGCGGACCAUGA